ACGUAUAAUUUCAGCGCCAUUUGAGAUGUUUUCAACAGCAUUGUACAUCCAGAGCAUGUUGGGAUAUUAAAACCGAGUCUGUGCGUAUGUCACAUAGAGUGGCCUGUAACGUCAGCUGAGUGUGUGUGUGUGUGUGUGUGAGAGUGUGUGUGUGUAAUGGGGAGAUGACUGCAGCUGUCCUCUCGGCGAUACGUCUUCUCACGAAGCCUCUCGGCGAGGUGCAUGAUGCUCAGUCCUCACACCAAGAGACCCUCUCAGCAGCGCUGCGGGCCAACAGAGCCUUCCUCCUCCAGCAGCUUCACAGUGAGCGCAGCUUUGAGGAGGUGAAGAGGCUGAGGGGGGAGGUGAUGGUGGCGGCAGAAUGGUUCUCCAGCAAUACAGAGGACGCCACAUGGGUCUUUGUCCAGGAGUGUCUCCUGCUGCUCCUCGCCUUAGCGCGACACCUUUCUGUUGAACUUGAACUUUUCAAGCAGACUCCUGCUCCCUCCACGGCUAAACUAUGCACCCCUGAGAUGGCGCCGCCUUUACCUCCUGACACCCUGAGUGUCACCCAGCAGAAGACGCUUGGAACCGCUCUUCAGUUUGUGAUUUCUUUGGGGCUCUGCCCCUACCUGGCCCCUGGAGUGGGUGUGCCACUGGCCCGCAGGUCAGCGUUUGGAGUCAUGGUGGAGAAACUUGUUUGCGGUGGGGCGGUGCCAGCAGUGGGCCGCCGCCUUUACACCACAACAAAUGUCCUGUUGCAGUUGUCAGAGCUGUCAUCUCUCGCCACACUAGUGUUCACGCGACAUUUGGGAGAUGUAAUGGCUGCUCUGUGCCAGCUUGGAUACCAGCCACACCGGGCAGGGAGUGACACAGAGGAGGAGAAGAUGCAGGAGCUCAGUGCUGAGGAACGUCAAACCUGCAGGGAAGCCCUCAAAAGCCUUCUAGGAAAAGUCUACCAGCCAAUCGUCAUCAAGGAGCUGCUGAUCCUCCAAGGUGGACCCAAACAGUCUGCUGCAGUGAGAAGCUCCAGUGGUCCCAGCAGCAGCAGGGCAGCUCUGGGAUCAGCUCCGGCCUGGCUGAGGCGUCUGUGUGGCCAGCUGCUGUCUGAACGCCUGAUGCAGCCUAACGGUGUCCAGGCUGUUGUCAGAGCCAUCCUGGGGGGAGGAACAGGGGAUGAGUCAGACUGGAGGAAAUGUGAGAGUGUGGCCAAGAUCCUGGUGACCUGUCCUCAACAGUCCUCAGCAGACAGCUACUACAGACAAGUCUGUCCUCAGAUACUGGACCUCCUGCACUUUAAAGACAAGCUGACAGCCCAACAGUUUCAGCGUGUGGCCACCAGGGCGGUGCUCUCUGUGGUGCAGGAGAAGCCCAGCUUUGGCCAGCAGUACCUGCUCACUCCUCUUUUCGCGCCUCUUCACCGCUGCACCACUGCUUCCAACGAUGGUGAUUCCCAAGCUACUGUGGAGGAAUGGGAGCUGACACGUUGUAUAGAGGACAUAUACAAGAUCUGGGUGGUUGGAAACACUCCUUCAGCUUCUCUCCUCAAAGCUCUAGAACAAGUUCUUCCUGUCAUCUUUGCACUCUUCUGUUUCACCAAGCAGAACGUCUCCCACCUACGCGCCCCCUGUCAGGAGAUUUUGCUGUGGUACCUGAGCCACAUCGAGGCGUCGGUAGCCCUGUCAGCACUGAGGCAGCUCUCAGGUCUACAGGGACAGGAGACCACGGUGGCAGCAGACUUCCACUUCACCCCGGGCAGUGAUGGAGGAGCCAGACUCUCUCUCCAAGAGAGCUGCAGUGAUGAGGAUGAUGCUCUGUAUGAGAAGGUGUCAGGGGAGCAGUGGAGGCUAGAGUGUCUGAUGCAGCUGCUGGCUGAACUCAAAGACUAUGACCUGCCUGGAGACUUUUUCCUGGAACUGCUGCAGGAGCUGACCAGCUGGGCAUCUGCAGAAGAUGAUGAAGAGGAGGAGGAUAAACAGGAGCUGGACAUUUCAGCCAUGACACUGCUGGAGGUGGAGCAGCGGCUGCUGGGAAGAGCUGUGAGGCGAAGCCAGAGACUCGCUUUGCUUCAGGUGUUGGCUGUGAUGGUCGAGUCUGUCCAGCCUACUGUGCUGCUGAGGAAAAGCACACAAGUGGUGGACUUUAUUGUGUCCCUGCUUCAGAGGGCCUGUGUGGGCCUGGAUCAGGCCACCGGUCCAGGUCUUGGGAACCCAGUAGAGAGCCAGACGCUGAGCAUGGGGAUUGGCCUAGUGGCCACACUGCUGUCUGGACCUCAGCUUAGUGCAGAGGACUACUCUUCUAUGUCGAGGCUGCUCCCACCACUGGAGGCACUGUCUCAGAUGCACCCUGAGGCAGUCAUCCAGGAGCUGGCAUCCAACCUCAGAGCUGUCAUUGCCACUCACGGUGCCUACCAGCCUGAAAACCUUACUGCUUCUACUCAGCCCUCCAGCAACCCCGCUCUUAGGAAAAAACAAAAGAUGCAAACUGAAGCAAACAACUCACAGACUAGUCCUCAUCCAUCUCCCCAAGACAGUAAUUCACCUGGCAGCACCCAAAUCAGACACCCAGCAUCCUCUGGAGGGUCUGCAGCAGGAGUAGGUCCAAAAGCUGGAGGGAGGACCUCUGGCACCAGUAACUCUUGCCCCCCUACCAAGACCUUUUCUGAUUGCCUACUGGAGGCUUGUGACCCGGAUGUGCCAACCAGAGCGGUUGCCCUGAGGGUCCUGACCCAGAUGGUGAAAAAGGGAAACCCAGAGGCUGUCCAAGCCCAGGAGAAAGUCCUCGUGCUUUUCUUAGAAAAUUUGGAGCAUGAAGACUCAUUCAUCUACCUGUCAGCCAUUCAAGGUCUGUCUGCAUUGGCUGAUUCCUACCCCGAGAGGAUUCUGGAAAGGCUCCUAAAAGACUUCCAGCAUGGUCCAUCGCUCCCUACAUCCAACAAGGAGCACUCCCUGGAAACCCGGCUUAAAGUGGGAGAGGUCCUGAUGAGGGCGAGCAGGGCUAUGGGGGAACUGGCGCCGCACCUCGGCCGUCCUCUGGUAGCCGUCUUCCUGCAAGGAACCAGAGACCCAGACCAGAGUGUCCGGGCCAGCAGCCUGUCCAACCUGGGGGAGCUCUGUCAGAGACUGGACUAUGCCCUUGGACCAUUGACCCAAGAGCUGAGCUCCUGUCUGACUGCUCUGAUAAAGACGGAGAAGGAGGCAGAGGUGAGGAGAGCUGCUGUCCACGUUAUCACCCUGCUGCUCCGAGGCCUCAGCGACAAAUCUACCCAGGUUCUCAGCGAUGUUUUGUUGGACCUGUACCGAGCUCUAAAGUGGGUGGUCCGCUCAGAUCCGGAUGACGUCACGGUGCUCCAUGCCCAGCUGGCUCUGGAAGAGCUUUCUGACGUAAUGAAGAGGUUAAUCUUCCCUGAGCAGAAGCUGGAGAAGAAGAUAGUGGUCCUGCCAUAGAGCUCAAAUUAUAUUUCUGUGGGGUCUUCAUAAACUUCAUUUUUAUGUGCUCUGCUUAUAGACAGUACUAAUUCUGCUUCCAUGUGAUGUGUUCAAUCCAAGACUUGCCUUAAAGAAGGAACAGUGAUCCUACACCAUUGUGUUCUAUUGCACCACCAACAAAAUAAAAAAUAAACACAAA